GUCGGAGCGGCGGCCGGGAGGCGGUGGGGCGGAGGGCUGCGGACUUCGGCCGACCCCGGCCCCAGCCCCGGCCUGUCUUUUCCUGGCCCGCCCUGGACUCCGCGGCCCGGCCUCCUCUCCACGUCCGGCGUCUCCUUCCCUCCACCCUCACUUCCCGACCGCGGAGCGGCCCACUGCUGACCCCCGUGGCCGGACCCCCGAUGGCCGUGUCCCGUUGGCCGGGCCGGCCGCCUAGACCCCGUCGGGCCUGAGACCCCCACGCGGAGUCUCACGGUCUCCUCCCACGCAGAGUCGGGGGAACUCGGCGUGAGGGUGGCAGCCUGUGCCUUCUGUGGCCCUUGCUCGCGCGCACAGCGUUGUGACUAACGCAGCUAUUUUACGCCCCGGGUGUCUGUCGGCGCUGCGCUGGCCACGUGCGGCUGCCGCGCUGCUGGAGCGCGGUACAUGUCACAGAGCAAGCACGUGGAGGCUCGGGAGCUCAUGUGCUCAGGAGCUUUGCUGUUCUUCAGCCAUGGCCAGCAAAACAGUGCUGCGGACCUGUCCAUGCUGGUGCUGGAGUCACUGGAGAAGGCGGACGUGGGUGUGGCCGAUGAGCUGCUGGAAAACCUGGCUAAACUGUUUGGCUUGAUGGACCCAAACUCUCCAGAGCGAGUGGCUUUUGUGUCCAGAGCUCUGAAGUGGUCCAGUGGAGGCUCGGGGAAGCUGGGCCACCCCCGGCUGCACCAGCUGCUGGCCCUGACCCUGUGGAAAGAGCAGAACUAUUGUGAGUCCCGGUACCACUUCCUGCACUCCGCGGAUGGAGAGGGCUGCGCCAACAUGCUGGUGGAGUACUCCACCGCCAGGGGCUUCCGCAGCGAGGUGGACAUGUUCGUGGCCCAGGCCGUCCUGCAGUUUCUCUGUUUGAAAAACAAAAGCAGUGCGUCAGUGGUCUUCACAACAUACACACAGAAGCACCCGUCCAUCGAGAACGGCCCUCCCUUCGUUCAGCCACUGCUCAACUUUAUCUGGUUUCUACUGUUGGCCGUAGAUGGGGGCAAGCUGACAGUGUUCACUGUGCUGUGUGAGCAGUACCAGCCGUCCCUGCGGCGGGACCCCAUGUACAACGAGUACCUGGACAGAAUAGGACAGCUGUUCUUCGGCGUGCCGCCCAAGCAGACUUCUUCCUACGGAGGCUUGCUCGGGAACCUUCUCAGCAGCCUCAUGGGCUCCUCGGAGCAGGAGGGCGAGGACAGUCAGGACGACAGCAGCCCCAUCGAGCUUGACUGACGCCGCCCGCCUGCACCUGCAUGAGGACGCCCUGGGGCGCGGCGGGCGGGCGGCCGCGGGUCCUGAGGCUGCCGCGCUCGGCUGGCGUGUUUGUGCGCCCCGCCGCGUGGCCCUGCCGUGCGCCUCAGCUCGACCCACAAUAAAGCACAGGCUCGUGCCACCACCCUUUCCCAGUCCUCUGUCUCUGGUUUGCUUUGGGGGGGGCCGUGGGCUUGCAGGCCCGUCCCAGACCGAGUGGGGAGCGGCUGCCCUCAGGCCGAAGCCACGGAGAGGUCCUGCGGUGGCCCCGCCCCCCAGUGUCCUGGACAGUGCCUGGGCGCCACCCCGUGCCAAAUCCCGGGAGCCACGCCUGUUGCCGCGCGCACGGCAUGUGCAGUGGCGUCUUGCAAAGGGAGCUGUAGGGCUGCCCACCUUCGUGAUGCAAUAUUUAUUUCACUGGGUGAGACCCUCUGACCUGACGGUGUAGGUUUUCACCAAAUAACCAGUCCAGGAACGAGCUCCUCUGCCCCAUCUCACUGAUGCUACGUCAGAAGUUCCCAGGAUACUUACAAAAGGGGACACACUUUAUUUUUUCACAAUUAAAAUAAGUUGUAGAUUCAUACAGUGAUCAUGCAUGGGAAGGAGUGAAGUAUGCAAUUCUGUUUACUGUAAAAAUGGAGUUUAAAGGAAGGUUUGUGUUAAUUGUUAAGUUUAAAUAAAUCCUUUAUACUGGGCUUGG